AGACAACGGAUAAAUAAAAUAAAAAUCCAAAUUCGACACGUUUUCCCGCUAUGGGAAACUGCCUGAAAUGCUUCCAGUCGACAUCAGAGCAUCCGUCAACCACAUUGGGUAGUGGUGUCGCUACAUCAUCAUCUAUGCACUCCGGCUGUCACCCUACUACACACAUUGUUGAUGGUCGCUAUACAGGCUUGGCGACAACUGCAGCAACAACAGCACUAAAUGCCAAUGAUGGUCACCACCACCAGCAACUGCCACAUCAUUUGCAAGUUGUAAGAGCUACUUUCUCCUCCAAGGAAAGAUCUCAUGAAACUGAUGAACUGCUCUCUACCCGAAGUCCACUCAAACCAGCAAACCAUUGUGAUACAAAACGUAGUAGUUUUAAGAAAUCAUUAGCACUGCUUAAUGGUAAUGCAUCAACCAUGUGCGAUAUUAUAACAGCGGUUAAGGAAACAUCUGAAGUGUCCGAUAAUACUCUGAACAAAUUAUUUGAGGAAUAUAAAGAGCCAGACGAGGACAUGAUAUUGGCAGAUGGCAUUGAACGUUUAUGUUGUGAUCUCAAUUACCAACCGGAUGAAUUUGCCAUUUUGGUGCUAGCCUGGUGCUUAGAUGCUUCACAGAUGUGUCGCUUUACACGUAGUGAAUUUAUAGAAGGUUUACAUAAAAUGCGAGCCGAUACUAUAGAAACCAUACGCAUAAGACUGGAGCAGACAAUCGAAACAUUAAAAGUCGAUUCCGAAAUGUUCAAACAGCUAUAUAGAUUUACAUUUAGAUUUGGCCUGGAACCAGAUCAAAGAAUUUUAUCAUUAGAUAUGGCCAUUUCAUUAUGGAAAUUAGUAUUUACCGUACACACCCCCGAUUUACUUAGCAAAUGGAUACACUUCUUAGAGCAACAUCCUAGUAUAAGAGGCAUUCCAAAGGAUACCUGGAACAUGUUCUUAAACUUUUCGGAACAGUGUGAUAUAAAUAAUUACGAUGACACAGAAGCAUGGCCAAGUCUAUUCGAUGAUUUUGUCGACUAUGAAAAAUCACGCUUAGAAAAUGGUGACGAUGACAACAACAAUGACGAUCCUUUGCAACAAAAACAAAUGCAUGAUAAUUCAAGCUCAAUAAAUGUAUUAUAGUAUUAAGACAACAA